AUGUCCUCAAUAACGAGGAUAAGUACAAGAUCUGUACACCAUAAGUUGACACCAUCAAAAUAUCCUAAAGUCAAUGCAUCACAAGUAGAAAUCAAUCCACCAAAAUAUGGUUUUAGAAAAAUAAGGCCGCCUAUAUUAGCUCAAUCACCAACAAAAACUUUAUUCCCCAAUUCAGAGUUAGCUAAAUUAUAUGUUGAAAAUGGCAAACCUAUCCCAAAUAGAUUCAUGAGUCAAAUUGAUUCCGAGAAAGCACAUGCAGAAUUUGAAAAGUUUCAAGAGAAUUUAGCAAUGGAUGAACCUCAUUUCACUAAAGGUAAAAAUGAAAUAUAUUUACCAGGAGGUAGAAUAUGUCUAUUAAGACCGAAUGCAAAACAUACACCUUACCAAGCCAAAUUUUUGGUUCCCAAAUCAAUGAAUAAAAUGGAUUUAAGAGAUUAUUUGUGGAAUAUAUAUGGAUUAAGAGCUCUUAAUGUAACAGUACAAUUACAACCUGCCACUUGGAAAAGAGGUCCACAAGACUUAGGUCGUUAUAGAAUCCCACAACUCAAAAAAAUGACAAUAGAUAUGGCUGAACCAUUUGUAUGGCCAGAAGUACCUCAAACAAAGAUUUCGGAGUUAAAACAACAAAUGGAUGAAAGUGAAAAAAUCGUUAAACACAAUAUUGCAGAUGGAAGUGAUAAGAAUAAGACCUUGGAUGUUUAUAAUGGAAUGUUUAAAGGAAACCCUAAACCAAAAAAAUUUAUACCUAAACAAAUUCAGAAAUCAAAUUUCAAUUCCAUAAAAGCAAUUAAUAAAGGUUUAAAUUCUGCAAGUAAAAGAAACCAAGUUUCAAAUUAUUUGGGAUUAUAA